CCCCUCUUUCAGAUACCUUCCUCCCACCUAGGGUUUACUCUCCAUCUCUCUCAAAGGUUUACACACUCAAUCUCUCCCAAUCUCUCUAAAUCACCAUGGAUCUCUCCAAGAAGCGCAAGACCGAUGAAAACGGCGGCGUGUUCACCGAAAGCCCACCGCAAAACACCCACCAAUUAUCUCCAGAAGACAUUAAAAAGAUUCUCGAGCCCUUUACAAAAGAGCAGCUUCUGGAAAUCGUGCAAUCGUCGAUUACUCGCGACCCUUUAACGCUCUCGGCUGUCCGGACCAUUGCGGACAAUGACCCGGCUCAGCGGAAGCUUUUUAUAAGAGGGCUUGGUUGGGAGACUAGUACUGAGAAGCUACAAGCUGUGUUUUCGGGUUUCGGAGAAGUGGCGGAGGCGAUUGUGAUCACUGAUAAGAAUAGUGGGAAGAGUAAGGGAUAUGGGUUUGUUACGUUUAAGCAUAUUGAUGGGGCGGUGCUUGCUUUGAGGGAGCCGAAUAAGAAGAUUGAUGGGAGGGUUACGGUGACUCAGCUUGCGGCGAGUGGUGUGGGAGGAGGCAAUGUGGGUGGUGUGGAUGUGAGUAUGAGGAAGAUUUAUGUGGGGAAUAUUCCGUUUGAGAUUAGUAGUGAGAGAUUGUUGGGUGUUUUUGAGGGGUUUGGAGAAAUAGAGGAGGGACCCUUAGGGUUUGAUAAGCAGAGUGGGAAGGCCAAGGGGUUUGCGUUUUUUGUGUAUAAGACGGAAGAAGGGGCGAGGAAUUCGUUGGCUGAACCGAUGAAGGUGAUUGAUGGGUUUCAGGUGAAUUGUAAGUAUGCGACGGAUGGGAAGAAGCCGAGGCCAGGGGAGAAUGUGGGGCAGCCGGGUGGGGGUAAUCCGGGGUAUGGGUAUCAAGGUGGGGUUGGCCAGUUUGGUGGACCGGGUCAGUAUGGCGGGUUUGGUGGUGGAAUGCAGGUUCAACAAGGUGGGCAUCAGGGACCGAUGGUGAAUUCGGGUCCGGGGUUUGGUAAUCAAGGACCAGGGCAGGGGGUUUAUAGUAGUCAUGUAGGCGGUGGUUAUGGUGGGAAUGGGCAACAGUUUGGGACUGGUUUGUUGCAGCCUGGGGAGUACGGCGGUGGAUCGAAUAAUAUGGGAACUGGGUCUGGUUAUAGAAUGCCACCAAGUUCUGGUGGAGUGCCACCAAUUGGGGGAUACCAGGAUGGUGGGAGUUAUGGAUUGCCAUCAACUGGUUAUGGCCAACCACAACUGCCUCAGCAGUCGGGACCAAGGGGUCCACCUGGUGGGAUGUACCAGGGAGUGCCUCCUCAUUACUACUGAGGUUAUCAGAUAUCUUGGACAGCAGUUGGCGAGAAUACCUCUCUCAUAUGUCAAGAUUUUUAGAAGGCCUUUUAGGCAGCAAUGUGGUUGCUUUGAUCAGACUACCUGACAGUGAAGUUAAGGUAGUUGAUAUCGGACUUUAACUGGAUAAUAUUUCAACAUGUGGGCUGUUGUAUAGUGGGAGGUGCAGAUAGGUUGCUGUCAUUAUACCUGAUUACCUGGUCCUCUACUUGGUUGCGCGAAACAUACCCAGAUUGUAUGUUGCUGUCCAGAUGAAUAGCAAAAUCAGUUGUGAGCUUCUUUUCUUGCUCCAGUCUGUUUAAGGUUUUCCUCAAUUUGUAGCAGAGUGGUUUUUGAUCUUUGCGAGUUGGGAAAGUUCCUGCAUCAAAGUCGAGCUGUAUAUUGUCAGCAAGUUUUUAGGUCCCUUUCUGAUAAUAAUGAAGGCAGGAUUCUGAUUAUCACUCUAAAAUUUGAAGGUCUUCACAGUUAGCUGUAUUGGACUUUGAUCAUAUUAAGCGGUUAUGCAAUAGUGCAAAGACUAAGUUAAGACUUAAGUUUUUAGUCUCAUUGCUCGGAUGACCAAUUUUCAUUUUUUCGGGUCUAUUGUAUUCCUCAUGAUCUCGUUGAAGUGUGAGAUUUCUGAAUUGGGAUGCGUACAUGACCUGACACUAUAUUGUUAGUUUGGUUUGAUCUUUAGGUAUUGUUGUGGUAUGGUACAUGGAGAAUGACCAGUUGAUGACAACUAUGCUCUGUGGAUAGUGAAAUAUUAGGUACAGAAACAUUGUAGAAGUUGUCUUCACCUUUCUUAAAGGUCUAAAGGUGCUCAAUUUUGAGCUUCCAAUCUCUGCCCCUUGUAAUUCUCAUGUACAAUUACCAUCUAAUAAAAUGGUUAUAUAUUAGAUCUCGGGACUGCUCAGCGAACCGUGGUUUAUUAAAAGGUUAUUUAAUAUUUUUAA